CCGACGAAGAAACCACCGGCAGACCCAAGUCCGGAGAUGGAGGAAACUGCUAACGAUGGGCUGCGCAUUCGGCGCAUUGCCGGCGGGUCGUUGGUGCGCUGCCCUCCACUUUUCUCGCCCGACGGAAACCUUCUAUUUGUUAUCCACGAAAGCAGCAUCCAAGCGUUCAGCGCCAACACGGGCGAAUUCGUCCGUAGCUAUGAAAACACGGUGAACGAUAGCCACCUGGUUGGCAUGGUUGCCGAGCAGCACUCUGAGAGCAAGUACAUUUACGCUUGCACCGUCGACGGGCUGAUCUUGUCGUGGAAGAUUGGUUCCGGUGUUUUCCAUGAAAAAUUCGAGGUGCUGAAGGUUAAAAAUUUUACCGUCGAAUCGUUUCACGCACUGUACGGUCAGAACGAUAGUUUUACGUUUUUGUUGUAUGGGACCCGCACACGGAGACAAUUUGUGCAUUACUGCCCACACACUCGAAGUGUGCUCGAAGUGGUCAAUGUAUUAUUGCUCGGUGAAGAAGUUACGGAUGAAAAGGAAGUGCGUAUCGUGAUGGCUCCCGGUGGACGUGGAUUAAAUUACUUCGCCUACAUCGCCGGCUGCCGGUGGUACUGGGUGACGUUGAAAGGGAAACCAUUCGUCGAAAGUCGGCCCCACUGUAGCCGCGUGCAGCCAGUGUUGCUAGACUGCCAUCCGACGGAGCCGAUCGUGGCCAUCGGUGACACGCUGGGACGCGUGGUGCUCUAUCGAAACUUUCUGGAGGCAGGCAGGCCCAUAUUCGAAACGUACCACUGGCAUCCCCAUCCGGUGCAAUGUCUGGCCUUUUCCAGCAGUGGCACCCAUUUCUACUCCGGUGGGCUCGAGCGGGUGGUGAUCAAGUGGAAGAUUGGAGACCGCCAGAAAACGGACAUUAUCCCACGUCUUACCGACAGUGUGGUGCAUGUAGCGGUGGCCCCAGAAAACCUCAAAGUCGCUCUGUGCACGGCCGACAACAGCAUCCAGCUGCUGAAUGCACUCAACAAACCGAUCACGACGGUGCAAAGCUUUUCCAAGAUAUCGAACGAUGUCCCGGGGGCGACCCUUUUUCCCGUCGGCUUGCGCACGAAUCCGCGCACACAGGCAAUCGUGCUGAAUGGCCGUGUAGGUUGCAUCCAGUUCUACUCAACGUACACCAACAGUCUGCUGUACACGCUGGACAUUACGCUGCGGAAUUAUAACACGAAUGAAGAUCGUUCCGUGAUCUACAACACGGUGGUCACGAAUGUGGCCAUCAGUGCGCACUGGCUGGCCACGGUCGAACACUGGAGCGAUCACUACAAUUCGAACGAAACUCGGCUCAAGUUUUGGAAGUACGAUGAGUCACGACAAACCUAUUCACUGAGCACCAACAUCGAGAACGUCCAUCUGGGAGGCGUUUGCGGUGCCGAGUUCUCCAGUGCCAGCCGCGAACGGGACGCCCACUGUGCAACGGCCGGUAGCUGCGAUCGGCGUAUCAAGCUGUGGGCGGUGGAAGAGAUUCAAACGACGGGUGGCGGCGAAAAGCUGGUGUGGACAUGCGUUGGUACCGUGCAGCACCGUAAUUUGCCCAUUCGGUCCAUUUCCUUCUCGCAGGACGGCUCUCUGCUGGCCGCUGGCUGCGGGAAUGUGCUGUGCGCUUGGAACACGGACACCCUGCAGCUAAAGUGUGCCCUCUCGGCCCCCAGUGGCUACGAUGGGUGUGUCAACCGUGCCGUCGUGGUCCUUCCGAACGCGACCGAGCAAGGGGCCAAACGGAACCGGAACCAUUACGAGGAAGCGCGCAGCAAGAUCAUUACCGAGAUCGUCGAUCUUAUUAAGGGCGGUGGUGGCGGGUCGAAAGUGUCCCUGUUUCAGAACGUAACCGGCAAACGUCGUAAGGGGCCGUCAUCUCGAAUGCUGUGCACUGGCAAUCCGGCCGACGGAUCCGGCGUCAUUUCAGACGAGCACAAAAAAUCGAUCCUCCAAAAAGCACAGGCCAGUAGCCGAAUCAGCCUGUCGGAAAAAUCGGAACUGUUCUACAGACUAAGAAUCGGAUGUCGCACAAGUGGCAACAUGAAGCGCAAACUGGAACAGAAACUGCAAACCUCCAGCCGGGGCAGAAAAGCGGCAAAAAGGCGGUUGCAGCGGCUCGCGCGCAAUCUGAGCACGAACACCCGGUUCCGGGCUCUACAGAAGUGGCACAACUUUAACCGGUGCCGAACGGCCACCGUGCCGUUCGAGGGUAGCCUGGCGAAGGUGUUUUCUGGUGAAAUUUCAGACAAGAACGAUGAUCCUCCCCGGGUGGAGGAUCACAGCGCUGGCAAACACGUGGCAUCCGUGAAGAGUUUUGCACAGAUCGAAAGCGUCCUAUUCUGCUACGGCCAGUAUUCGCACCUGGUCCUCGUGUGUACAGCCAACCGGCUGCUGGUGUGGAAUUUGCUUUCACUGAAGCUCCAGGUGUCGGUGGCGCUCUCCAUCGAACAGAUCGCGCUGGAUCCGUUCACCAACUUGAUUGCAACGUUCACGAAGGACAAUGAAUUGUACGUGUUUCUACCCAACAUACCGAUGCCCCUGUACCACCGGGUCGCACUGCCGAAAGUGUUCGGUGCGGUCUGGGUUCCAAGACGCUACCCUCGGUCGCAAUCGUUCAACGUAGAUUGGCAAGCGACGUCGCAGCUAUUUUUCCUCAAUGAAAAACAGGAACUGCUUCAUCUCGUGUCGGAUAACGACGAAGAAUCACUCGGUCCGACCUCGGUGUGCAUGAACGAGUCAGUGAUGGGUCCCAGCACACAAUUUGCGGCACUGCUGGCCAAGCAGUCCGCCGGAAGCAGCGUGCAACGAACCGGUGCAGGUAUUCGCCCUGGGACCAUUAUCGGAGUGACUGGAAAGUCGGCAGUCAAAGACAUCGUUUCGUCUUCAUCGCACACGAUGGCCCCGAUAAGUUUGCUGUGCAAGGACUUCCUUCGAUCGCUGCUCAUCGUGGAGGAAAAACGCACGAAGGACACGGCGGCGGCGGCGGCGGCGGCGGCGGCGGCGGAGGCGGCACAUAACAACGUGCAGCAGCAGCAGCAGGAUGGGUUUGAUAGUGAUUUCUCGGAUGAUGCCAGCGACGCUGGCGACGAGGCGGUGCAGCAGAAUGGUGCCGUUGGUUUGAAGGAAAAAAUCAGGGCCCGUAAGGUGACCCUGGAGGUGGUUCAGCGUGCGAAACAAAACUAUGCUUCUGCCGCCGACAGUUCGCAGGAUUCAAAGUUGCGGAAGGUGCUUGCCGAACCGUUUGAUAUAGCGUUUGAAUAGCGGACCAGCUGCUACAAACUUUGUAAAUUAGAUGUAAACUUUACGUUUUACGCCUUGUCCGUGUUAUCCAAGUUGAAAUAUUUCAACAAUAUUGUCAAUAAUAUCUUUCAUAGUUUCCCGGUACUCGCCGUGCGAUC